UGUUGCGGCGAUGCGUGGCACUGGGCACCGACUGGCUCUGACUGCACCACACACAUGACUUUAGUUGUGAAUGGCCCCGGCACUCGGCACAUUUGGCGGGCGGGAAGAAGCAGCCGUCAGUCCGGGCAGAGCUACCUGCUGCAGACCGUGCUUGCGCCGCGUACACCCAUGGGUGUCGCUACUGUGACCGUCUCCUGCGUUUGGACUGAAUGUGGCAGCCGCGUUGAUCGGUGCAGUUAUUUUCAGAGUCGAGCUAUUUCGGAGCGAUUGGAAACGUGCAGACUGCUCGGGUGAUUUGGAUUGAGGAGCCGCACGGAGCGCUGCAGCAGACACGGUACAGCACCGGAGCCGCAGCAACAGCAGCAGCAGCAGCAGAGGAGGCACGGGUGUGAUGCCAAAAACUGGCCAGAAAAACAAAGGUUCAAGUCAAGGAAAGAGAACUGUUGGGUGUCCCCUCUGGAGAGGGAUCGGGACUGUGGUUCAGCCCAGCGAAAUGUAGCGCCUCACUGCCCUCAAAGCCGGAUUUGGAGACCUGCCUGCUGUCUACUCAUGAUUUCUCUGUAGUCUAGUCCAGGGCAUCUGCUGCAGUCAUGUUUAGGAACAGCUUGAAGAUGUUGCUGACGGGAGGGAAGGCCAACCGCAAGAGUCGCAGCAGUGAUGGUGGGAGCGAGGACUUGGCAGACCCCCGCUCGCCCAGUCUAGACCCUCACCUGAGCCACGUUGGCCAAGGUGGCAGCAUAGACAGCGACUGUGCCUUUGAAGGAGACUACGCCGUGCCCCCGCUCUCGAUGACCGAGGGCAUGCAGCACAUUCGCAUCAUGGAGGGCGUGUCACGCUCGCUGCCCUCCUCCCCGCUGCUCACCCACCAGACCAUCAGUGUCAGGCUGCAGCCCGUGAAGAAGCUCACAGCCCCUCUGCGGAAAGCAAAGUUUGUGGAGAGCCCUCGCAUUCCACAAUCAGAGCUUGGCUCCCCUACACACACCUCCACCACUGCCAAGAAUCCAGACCUGGACACAUACUGCCCUGGGGAGUCAAGCCAGGAGCUGGGCCCCCCUCCGUCGGUGGAUGAGGCAGCCAACACAUUGAUGACGCGCCUGGGUUUCCUUCUGGGAGACAAAGUGAGCGAGGGGCCAGCCGGUACCCAGUACAGCAUGGAGGAACCCGAGGCGAGACAGGGCCAGAACCAGAGGAUCAGCCCGUGCUCCACCCUGACCAGCAGCACUGCCUCACCCCCUGCAGGCAGCCCCUGCUCCACCCUCCCUCCUGCCAUGCCUGGCCAGGCCGGCAACAAGGACUGCGCCUACGGCUCUGUCACCAGUCCCACCUCGACACUGGAGAGCAGGGACAGCGGGAUUAUCGCCACACUGACCAGCUACUCGGAGAACAUGGAGCGAGGCGGAAAAUACGGCGAGGGCUCCCGGGGAAACCUGAAGCUAUGGCAGUCCCAGAAAUCAGGCAUGGACUCGUUCCUGUACAGGGUGGAUGAAAACAUGACCGCCUCCACCUACAGCCUCAACAAAAUCCCUGAGCGCAACCUGGAGAGCAUGUCCUCCCACUCUGCCCACUCCAUCCCUCUGUACCUCAUGCCCCGCCCUAACUCUGUGGCUGCCACCAGUUCAGCCCACCUGGAGGACCUGGCAUACCUGGAUGAGCAGAGACACACUCCAUUACGCACCUCGCUGCGCAUGCCCCGACAGAGCACCACCUGCGGGCCGGGUCGCUCCGGGCAGGACCUGAGAGCUUCCGCUAAUAACACCCAUGCCUGGCAAUCCCAGUCACUGCGUUUUGCACCCUAUCGGCCUCAAGACAUCGCCCUCAAGCCUCUGCUGUUUGAGGUGCCGAGCAUCACCAUGGACUCCGUAUUCACGGGCCGCGAGUGGCUCUUCCAGGAGAUUGAUGCCCACCUCAACAGCCCCAACGCCAGCACCAACCGCGGCGUGGCGGUCGUCGGCAACAUCGGCUUCGGCAAGACCGCGAUAAUCUCUCGCCUGGUGGCGCUGAGCUGCCACGGCACCCGCAUGAGACAGAUCGCCUCCGACAGCCCUCAGGCUUCACCCAAACAUGGAGAGGGGCUCCCUCUCACUCAGCCCCAGCCCACGCAUGGCACCCUGGGAGGAGGCAGCUGUCCCGGGACCCCUGAGAUGAGGCGACGUCAGGAAGAAGCCAUGAGGAGGCUGGCGUCUCAGGUGGUGGCGUACCACUACUGCCAGGCAGAUAACGCCUACACCUGCUUGGUGCCGGAGUUUGUGCACAACGUGGCGGCUCUGCUGUGCCGCUCGCCGCACCUUGUCGCCUACAGGGAGCAGCUGCUGAGGGAGCCACACCUACAGAGCAUCCUCAGUCUGCGCUCCUGCGUCCAGGACCCGCUGGCCUCCUUCAGGAGGGGCGUCCUAGAGCCCCUGGAUGCACUUUACAAAGAGAGGAAGAUCAGCUCUGAGGAGGACCUCAUCAUCCUCAUAGAUGGUCUGAAUGAAGCAGAGUUCCACAAGCCAGACUACGGAGACACCAUCGUGUCCUUCCUCACUAAAACCAUCAACAAGUUCCCUCCCUGGCUCAAACUGGUGGUCACAGUCAGAACCACGUUACAGGAGAUCACCAACGCGCUGCCGUUCCACCGUAUCUCUCUGGACAGCCUGGAGGAGAACGACGCCAUAGACCAGGACCUGCAGGGCUACAUCCUGCACCGCAUCCACAGCAGCCCGGAGAUCCAGAACAACAUCUCGCUCAACGGCAAGAUGGACAACACCACCUUCGGCAAGCUCAGCGCCCACCUCAAGGCCCUGAGCCAGGGCUCCUACCUGUACCUCAAGCUCACCUUUGACCUUAUCGAGAAGGGCUACCUUGUCCUCAAAAGCUCCAGCUAUAAGGGCACACUAGACUGGGAAGACUUCCAGCAACGUGUAGACAACCUGUCGGUCUUCCUGGUGAAGAGGAGGGAUGGUACCAGGAUGUUUGUUCACCCGUCCUUCAGGGAGUGGCUGAUCUGGAGAGAAGAAGGAGAAAAGACAAAGUUCCUCUGUGAUCCGAGGAGCGGUCACACCCUGCUGGCCUUCUGGUUCUCUCGGCAGGAGAACAAGCUGAACAGACAGCAGACUAUUGAGCUGGGCCAUCACAUCCUCAAAGCACAUAUCUUCAAGGGCCUCAGCAAGAAAGUUGGGGUUUCCUCAUCCAUCUUGCAAGGCCUGUGGGUAUCCUACAGCACAGAGGGCCUUUCAGCUGCACUUUCUUCACUCCGAAACCUCUACACUCCCAACAUCAAGGUGAGCCGGCUGCUGAUGAUGGGCGGUGCCAAUGUGAACUACCGCACAGAGGUGCUGAACAACGCCCCCGUGCUGUGUGUCCACUCCCACCUGGGCUACAUGGACAUGGUGGCUCUGCUGCUCGAGUUUGGCGCCUCUGUCGACGCUCCGUCUGAGAGUGGCCUCACGCCGCUGGGCUACGCCGCGGCUGGGGGACACAUGGCCAUUGUGACAGCGCUUUGCCGCAAGAGAGCGAAGGUGGACCACCUGGAUAAGAACGGCCAGUGUGCCCUGGUUCACGCGGCCUUGAGGGGCCACAUGGAGGUGGUGAAGUACCUCAUCCAGUGUGACUGGUGCAUGGGGUCGCAGCAGCAGCAGUCGCCUCAAACCCAACAACAGGCGUCCUUCACCAAGAGCCACGCAGUCCAGCAGGCCCUCAUCGCUGCAGCCAGUAUGGGAUACACAGAGAUUGUGUCCUACCUGCUGGACCUGCCAGAGAAAGAUGAAGAGGAGGUGGAGCGUGCUCAAAUCAAUAACUUUGACACCCUGUGGGGGGAGACAGCUCUGACCGCAGCCUCCGGUCGGGGGAAGCUGGAGGUCUGUCGUCUGUUACUGGAGCAGGGGGCGGCCGUGGCUCAGCCCAACAGACGAGGCAUCGUUCCGCUGUUCAGCGCCGUCCGACAGGGACACUGGCAGAUCGUGGACCUCCUCCUCACACAUGGCGCAGAUGUCAACCUGGCUGACAAGCAGGGUCGCACUCCUCUAAUGAUGGCCGCCUCGGAGGGACACCUGGGGACUGUGGAGUUUUUACUAUCUCAAGGAGCCUCUCUGUCUCUGAUGGAUAAGGAGGGUCUGACCGCUCUGAGCUGGGCAUGUCUCAAAGGACACUUACCUGUCGUGCGCUGCCUGGUGGAGAGCGGAGCCGCCACUGACCACGCUGACAAGAACGGACGCACGCCCCUCGACCUGGCUGCCUUCUACGGCGACUCUGAAGUGGUCCAGUUCUUGGUUGACCACGGCGCCAUGAUAGAGCACGUAGACUACAGCGGGAUGCGUCCUCUGGACAGGGCGGUGGGCUGCAGAAACACGUCGGUGGUGGUCGCCCUGCUCAAGAAAGGAGCCAAGAUAGGAUGUCAGACGCUGCCCAGUCGGCCCCGAGGUCCAGCCACGUGGGCCAUGGCCACCUCCAAACCCGACAUCAUGAUCAUCUUACUCAGCAAACUCAUCGAGGAGGGGGACAGUUUCUACAAGAAGGGGAAGGUGAAGGAGGCAGCGCAGCGUUAUCAAUAUGCCCUCAAAAAGUUUCCACGCGAAGGCUUCAGCGAGGACCUCAAGACAUUCAGGGAACUCAAAGUAUCGCUCUUCCUCAACCUGUCCCGAUGUCGGAGGAAAAUGAACGACUUUGGGAUGGCUGAGGAAUUUGCUACCAAGGCACUUGAACUGAAACCAAAAUCAUAUGAGGCAUACUAUGCCAGAGCACGCGCCAAGCGUAGCAGCAGACAAUUUCCUGAAGCCUUAGAGGACCUGAAUGAAGCCAUGAAGCAGUGCCCCAACAACCGAGAGAUCCAGCGGCUGAUCCAGAGGGUGGAGGAGGAGUAUCACCAGCUCAACCAGGAGGAGCACCAGCAGCAGGACCUGGAGCUGGAGCCUCCUCCCUCCCCUCCUCCUACACCUCCCCCAGAAGACGAGGAGUCCCUGUCCCUGUCCAUGCCUCUCCCCCCUCCCCCAGAGCCCCGUCUGGAGGACAUGGAGCCCGUCCAGGACCUGUUUGAGGACGAGGACUACCUGGAGCAGGAGCUGGAGGCCAUGUCUGUGGGUCUGCCCCCACCCGAGUCUCUCACCAACCCCUCCAGCCUUCCCAUCAUCCAGAGCCCGCCGCUGUCCCCAACACAUCCAGAUCAGAUCUACUUAGCUGGAGGUUCGCCCAUGGGCCAGCCCUACGAAUAUCACCCCACCUCUUCCUCCAUGUCCUCUCCAACCCGUGGCUCGUACCAGCCCACAUCGCCCUCCCUCUCCCCGACGCAUCAGAAUCACUAUCGACACAGCCCGCCUCAUACCUCCCCGGUGCACCAGUCGUCCUACGGCUUCAGCCCGCCUUCUAUGGGUAGUGGAGGUCAGGGGAUGGAUCACCAGAGCCCACCGCCUUCUCCUUUACGUCGGGCAGCUCAGUACAGAGCCAGUCCACCAGUAGAGAGUGUUUGUCUGUACAGGUCCCAGUCCGGGUCACCUGUGCGCUACCAGACAGAGCAGCUCCCCGGCCGACCCAAAUCCCCCCUCUCCAAGAUGAGCAGUCAGCGUUCGUUCCAGCUGAGCUCGCAGCAGUCUCUGUCCUCGCAGCACCACCAAGCCCAAGGCCUUCGUCUUCAGCCUUCUAUAGCCCAAAUAGUCCGCACAAACCAGCCGAGCAACGUGAUGGGCAACAGCCUCUACAGCGGCCAGAUGGGACACUCCAUGAGUGGUCGCUACCAGGGGGGUUCGGUGGAUGUCGAGAGCCGGCUGGUGUACCAGCCCUCCUUGGAUGGACGGUCCAUGCCCCAGGUGCAGGCCAGCCUCAGCUCUGGGGCCCUCUGUCAGCACGGCGGCCGAGGAGGGGUUAUGGAGUCGGGCCUGUUGAAGGAUGAGCUACCCCAGCGCCCCUCCUCUGCCUACCGCGCCAGCAGCGGGGGCCCGGGGGGCAUCCGUUACAGCCAGACGCCCCAGAUAAGCCGCAGCCAGUCAGCCGCCUAUUAUCCAGUCUCCGAACACGUACUGGAGCGAGCCAAUGCCAUGCCCCCCUGCCAGUUGGGUUCUCCCGAGAUCCCCCACAUGGUGAGACGCCCAGUCAGUGCCAAUACUACUGAGAUGAAGCAGCACGUGCCCACCCCGAGGCCUCUCAUCCACUCACAGAGCGUAGGCCUUCGAUUCUCCCCGUCCAGCAACAAUAUCUCAACUGGAUCCACCUCCAAUUUAGCGCCGGGUUUCAGGCCGUCCUCUUCCAUUCAGCAGAUGGAGAUCCCCCUGCAAGCCACAUACGAGCGCUCCUGUGAUGACAUCUCCCCAAUCUCUCCCUCUCAAGGCGGCGGGGGUCUGUAUCCAGGCGAGACCACGCGCUCUCGGAACACGCCCUUCAUGGGCAUCAUAGACAAGACGGCGCGGACUCAGCAGUACCUGCAUCAGCCCUCACGGUCCAGGGCCAUGACGUCCAUGGACUCCGCUAUCAGCCCCACCUCGCCUGGCCAGCUGGUCCAGCAAGGCUCCACCUACAGCCCCCCCGCCUCGCUGGGCAACAUCGCCUACUACAACAAGACUAACAACGCCCAGAACGGACACCUGUUGGAGGAGGACUACUACACCCAGACGCAGCCCCCCUCGCUGGGCAAGCUGGCCAACGGCUCCCGCGGCAGUGGGGACAUCCUGGAGCGGGUCAGCCAGGUGCCCACCUAUCCGGAUGUGAAGGUGGCGAGGACUCUGCCCGUGGCACAGGCCUACCAGGACAACAUGUAUCGCCAGCUCUCGCGUGACUCCCGGACCCAAGGCCCCACCUCCCCCAUCAAACCAAAGAGACCAUUUGUGGAGUCAAACGUGUGAUGGCCUGCCUGUGAUUGGUUGGUCGGACUGGGCUUGUCAGUGGGAGUGAGAGGAGGAAAAUAUUUAGCUCGACAGCAGAUGCUGCUGACCCCUUGUGUAUGUGACAUGGACGGACUCAUCUUAAAGAACUCACCAGAGAGAAACCCACUCAGCCGGCACACACACACUUAGGGUAUUAGACAUUAUCUUAUAUGAGAAACAUAACUAACAGUGAAAGCGAUUAUUUCAUUAUCAUAUUCUGCACACAGGUGGGACAACAGGAGGGUCCUCAGUUCUGAUCUCAUACUGAAUCAAAGACCGGUGCACUUCCAGAAUGUUGUGCGGCACAAAGUUCCCACAGGUGAACACGACAGGUGGGACUGUGAGAGUGAAAGUACUAACCAUCGGACUCGACUCGUGGACUCUGUAUCCAUCUUCUGUUCUUUCAAAGUGUGCUCUUAACCAAGGUUGCUAGUAGGCUCUAUUCUAUGUAAUACAAUAUUAUAUGUUCAAUACUGUACAUUGCUCAGAAAAUACAAAUGGCUCAACAAAACUCAGUACUUAGAGAAAAAUGACAAUAUUUAUAAUUAAGUUAUAUAUUGUACAUAGAAAGAAAACAUAGUUUGCGUUUGAAUUGUAUUCUGUUAACCCUGCCUUUGUGUCCCACUGCUAGUCAUAUGGAUGUGGAAACCGAUCAGGGCGAGGAACGAGGGACAUCGACCAACUUUGAAUGACGUAAUUACCUCUAAUGUGUCGAAAUAAAAAGGAUUCUGUCGUGGUUUAAUGCUAGAAGAUGCUUCCUAUGCUGCAGUAGGUCCUAAAUGAUCUGAAGGACGUAACUAGCAGGUUUAUCGAUUAAUCUGCAAUGUUUUUUCUGUAAAAUGUCGGAAAAUAGAAAAAAAUAUGUCCGGUAUAAUUCCCGCAGUCUGAGAGCGGAGGCUUCAAAUGUAAGGUUACCAUCAGAAAGUUUGGCCAGUUUAUUUCCUGUCAACCGAGCUAUGGAUUAAUUAUUUUUAGCUCUACGUUAAUAAACACAUGAGAAUUCAGAUCUUACACAAAGUACCACAGAGUGCUUCAAAGGUUUAGCUGGAAUUGGUCAGUUAAAAAUGAUGCUCACACCUAUUUUUGCAUCUUCUUUUGUUCAUUAAAUCAUUUUUGAAAACUACGUAAAUACGUAAACUAUGAUUUUCUAUAUUUCCUAACUGUAUCACAGACCUCAUGAUAAGCAUUCAUGCAGUGAUACUUAACUUCAGACCUGUGGGCUGAAUCUGGCCCACCACAGCGUGCCGGGUGGCCCGCCAACCACUUUCUAAUUCACACUGGGAAUUUUUUUUGUACUCUGAAUGUAAAUAAGGCAUCAGAGUGCACGGAAAAGCUUAAAAAUCAAGCUUUAUUUUGGUAAAGUGCCAGAGGAGGAACCUCUAGACCCCCAGCAGACAUCCAGACUAAGCCCCAAAUGUCUUCAAAUCCUGGAGACACCCCUGCGUACACCUGAGCUGUGCUACGACUGGAUUUGCCUUUUAGCAAAGAAGUAAAGAUGAGUGAGGACAGCAAACAUUCAAAGAUUAAAUAGGGCUGCACCAUAUGCAAAAAACAUAUAUAGUUUUAUUAUUUUGACAGAUACUGCGAUUUGAGUCACGAUUUUAGUGGUAAUAGCAAUUUUUGCAUCUGAUUUUCACUUUUAAAAAAUGAUGUGAUUUUAUUUUCUGGGGUCUGUGCCUAAUAAGCAUGUUCCUUUACAUCUGGAAUAUGAUUACGGGAUGUUGUGACACAUUUUACCUUGAUCAAAAAUUGCAGCUCCCAUGAUUCGGAUAUUACACUUGGCAGUAUUGUGAUUUCUAUAAUAUUUCGAGUUAUUAUAAUAAUAAUAAUAAUAAUAAUAAACUAAAUAAUAAAAAAUAAGAAGAAGAAGAAUAAAAAAAUGAGGCAAUUUUAAGAAAAUGCAAAAAAUAAAAUAAAAUACCGUCACUGAAGCAGAUAAGCAAAGAUGGCAACUAAUUGCCGUGUGGAUUGUGCUGAGGUACAGCAGAUCAAACAAUCAGAGUAACACAUUCAGCCCUAGUUGAAAUCAGGCAAUUCAUUUAUUAUAUAUACUGAUAAAUAUUGUUAAUGUUUAUUUACUGGCCUCCUGUCAUUUUUGCAAAAGUGACCCUCGGGGAAAGCAAGUUGAGAAUCUCUGCUGUAGUGUCGAGGCUGCAAUCUCUACACGUAGUCUGACAUAUUGGACCUGUUCCCUGUCAGUAAACAACUUUGAAUACUAGCUUAAUCAAACAGGCAGAGCAUCAGUUGCUGUAGCUUUAUACAAGCUCAUAGGAUUGUUUUUGAGUCAACUCAUAGAAGUCAGGUUGAACAAAAAUCUGGCCUUGUUUGUAGUUUAAAUCUCCAGCUCCAGGAAUCUUGCGGGUCAGAUGAUGAGUGACUUCAUAACGUGGCGCACGAGCAUCAAAGUUCGCCUUUGUCCCUCCUCCGCGGGUGAUUACGCUGUGUGUUCCUAACAGAGAGCGUACAUAUGCUAGUGAUGGGUUAACAUGGAUAGUGCUCAGCGAUUAAAAGCAAGCAAAUGCAUACACGACCACUGUUACAGACGUUUCCCUCUCUCCUGCAUCACCUCGUUUCUUUUUACCCACGAUGCAUUUUUAUUCCGCCACUUCUUCUGCACUAAAAAUGCCUGUUAAGUUCUUAACUAAGGGUGCACUUUAUGUAUUUUACUUACUUUUGUUGUCAACGGUUGUUGAAUCUGGAGAAAGUGGGCGUGUGAUCAGGCAGACCUCCGACCGGUGAGACUAUCACAGACACUAUUAUUACAUGAUUUACAAAAGCAGCGAUGAAUGACAAUAUGAAGAGCAAACAAUGUUUUUAAACCGGUGAAGAUGUAUAGACUUUCUAGCACAAGUUGUAUAUACUGACUCAGAUGUUCCACUUCGGGUCCAGCGCGGGUUUGUGAGUGAAGCAAGAUCAUAUUUAAGUAUUCCACAUCAUUAGAAAAUAUCCAUUAAAGUCCUCUAUCUCUAAAGGAGCCAGUCUAAUCCACUGGUCUUGCACACAUCUUCAAACAUCUUCAAAUUAAGUCAAAUCUACUGCAACAAAAAAAAAGUGUGACUGAGGUUCAGUGCUCAGAAACUCCAUAUUUGGAGUUUGGGGUGAUCGAGAAAGUGGAAGAAUAUUCAAGUUAUUUGUAUAUGUGGGAAAAGUUACGGACCAUUUGUCUGUAACGUUUUAUUUUGGUUUCUCUGAUAAAGAAUAUCUAAAGAGUUCAUUCUCAGUUUCACCUGCUACCAGAGAGAUGCCCUACUUAUCUUUACAGAAAUGAAGGUAUAAACUGUAUUAUACUUAAUUUAAGAAGACUUCUAGGUUGAGGACAUUCGAGGGUGUAUGGUUUCAAGCUGUCUAUGUAUAUUAGUUUGCUGUAAAUAGUCCGAUGCAUGUUCUAUUCUUUCCAUGAGCUCAAGCGGAAACAUGUAUAGCAGUGUUCUGACUCUGGUGUGCGACACGCGCGACGCUCGGAUCAAGAUAAGGAGACCGCUCUCCCCCCCUGAACUGUCCUUAUCAUUUUCCCUUCGACCUCACCAGACAAAAAGCAAAAGGUUUUCUUUUAUUUUAUUUUAAUGUAUUUGCUUGCUGAGCAGAGUUCUCUUGUCUGUAAAUGUGAGCUUUCAGAUCGCUGUGAUAAAAAGUUUAAUUAAAAACAAUAAAAAAGAAUGUGUUUUUAUCUCAUGAUAACUGAUUGUAAUCUGUACAGUCAAACAUAUGUAUUGGAGGAAACAAAAAAAAGAACAUAUUUAUAAAUGGUUACCAACUGAAA